ACUAAGAGAGUAGCCCCUGACCCUGACUCCUUACCGGCUUCUUCCACCUGCUAGGACUGAGGGAGGAGCCAGGGGAGGGGCCAGGGGCGGUGCCCCGGGGGAUGUGACAGGAGUGGGAGCGGGAGCCAGAGCUCAGCAGGUCAGCAGUCCGGGCUGGAGCCGGGGAGCUGGAGAAGGAGCCGGUGUGUAAGGGAAUGAGGGACAGAGAGUGUGAGGGGGGGGACUUGAGCAUAGGAGUGGGCGAGCUGGCAGAGUCGUGAAGAUCAGAAGAGAAUUCAGGGGAGAUCCGGGCGACGAGACCGGAGAGCGCGGAUCGGGGUCCUUGGAGAGGGGCUCGGUAGUCCACGAUCCCCAUGGCCGGAGCUCGCCCCCAGCGGUUCUGCUGCCUCUGGGGCUCCCUGAUCUUGGGGUGGCUGCUUUCCGGGGCCGGCGCCUUCAACUUGGACGUGAUGGGCGCGCUGCGCAAGGAGGGUGACCCUGGCAGCUUCUUUGGCUUCUCCGUGGCCCUGCAUCAGCAGCUUCGGCCCCGUCCCCAGAGCUGGCUUCUGGUAGGCGCCCCUCGAGCUGUAGCCCUCCCCGGCCAGGCGGCUAACCGAACAGGAGGUCUUUAUGCCUGCCCUCUGACCCGAGAUGAGAGCGAUUGCUACCGAGUGGACAUUGACCAAGGAGCUGAAGUGCAGAAGGAGAGCAAAGAGAACCAGUGGCUGGGUGUCAGCCUCAGGAGCCAGGGCCCUGGGGGCAAGGUUGUGACCUGUGCCCACUUGUAUGAGGCAAGGCAGCGCGUGGCCCAGACCCUGGAGACUCGGGAUGUGAUUGGCCGAUGCUUUGUGCUGAGUGAGGACCUGACGAUUCGGGAUGAGCUGGAUGGAGGGGAGUGGAAGUUCUGUGAGGGCCGACCCCAGGGCCACGACCAGUUUGGGUUCUGUCAGCAGGGAACCUCGGCUGCCUUCUCCCCUGACAACCAUUAUCUCCUCUUUGGGGCGCCUGGCACCUACAACUGGAAGGGCACUGCCCGGGUGGAACUCUGUGCCCAGGGCUCCAUGGACCUGGCCCACCUGGACGACGGGCCCUACGAGGCGGGGGGAGAAAAGGAGCAGGACCCCCGCCUCAUCCCUGUCCCUGCCAACAGCUACUUUGGCUUUUCCAUUGACUCGGGGAAGGGCCUGAUGAGGGCAGAUGAGCUGAGCUUUGUGGCAGGGGCCCCGAGGGCCAACCACACAGGUGCCGUGGUGAUCCUUCGAAGGGACAGCGCCAGCCGUCUGGUGCCCGAGGCUGUGCUGCCCGGGGAUCGCCUGACAUCUGGCUUUGGCUAUUCACUAGCUGUGGCCGACCUCAACAGUGAUGGCUGGGCUGAUUUGGUGGUGGGUGCUCCCUAUUUCUUCGAGCGCCAGGAAGAGUUGGGGGGUGCUGUGUAUGUGUAUGUGAACCAGGCAGGGCGCUGGGCGGGAGUUUCUCCCCUUCGGCUCUUUGGAUCUCCUGGCUCUAUGUUUGGGGUCAGUGUGGUCACCUUGGGGGACCUCAACCAGGACGGCUUUCCAGAUAUAGCUGUAGGUGCCCCCUUUGAUGGACAAGGGAAGGUCUUCAUCUAUCAUGGGAGCAGCCUGGGGGUUGUCCCCGAACCUGCUCAGGUGCUGGAGGGUGAGGCUGUGGGCAUAGAGAGCUUUGGUUAUUCACUCUCUGGGGGCCUGGAUGUCGAUGGGAAUGCUUAUCCAGACCUGUUGGUGGGGUCACUGGCUGACACUGUGGCACUCUUCAGGUCCCAUCCAGUCCUCCAUGUCUCCCAUGACAUCUCUAUCUCACCUCGAGCCAUUGAUCUGGAGCUGCCUAACUGUGCUGAUGGCCACAUGGUCUGCGUGGACCUCAGAGUUUGCUUCAGCUAUAUUGCCAAUCCCAGCAACUACAAUCCUAGUGUUGGCCUGAAUUACCUAUUGGAUGGCGACACGGAUAGGCGGCUCCGGGGUCAGGUUCCCCGUGUGUCCUUCCUGAAUCGAGGCCCUGCUGACUUCAAACACCAGAGCUCAGGCACUGUGUGGCUUAGGCACCAGAAUGACCGGGCCUGUGGGGAUGCCACAUUCCAGCUGCAAGAGAAUGUCAAGGACAAGCUCCGGGCUGUCAUUGUGACCCUGUCCUACAGCCUCCAGCCUUCCCGAGUCCAGCGUCAGGUCUCCGGACAAGAGUUGCUUCCACUGGCACCCGUCCUUAAUGCCCACCAGCCCAGUACCCACAGGGCAGAGAUCCACUUCCUCAAGCAAGGUUGUGGAGAGGAUAAGAUCUGCCAGAGCAACUUGCAGCUCUCCCGUGCCCGAUUCUGUGCCCGGGUUGGGGACACAGAAUUCCAGCCGCUGCCAAUGGAUCCAGACGGAACCACAGCUGUGUUUGCCCUGAGCGGUCAGCCAGUCAUUGGUCUGGAGCUGACCGUCACCAAUCUGCCCUCAGACCCAGCUCAGCCGGAAGCUGAUGGUGACGAUGCCCACGAAGCUCAGCUUCUCGUUUCCCUCCCCACCUCUCUGCACUAUGUGGGGGUGCGGGCUCUGGAGCCUGCGGAAAAGCCCCUUUGUGUGUCUAAUGAGAAUGCUUCUCAAGUGGAAUGUGAGCUGGGGAACCCCAUGAAGAGAGGAGCCCAGGUUACCUUCUACCUUAUCCUUGGAACUUCAGGCAUCACCAUUGAGACCACUAAGCUAGAGGUGGAGCUAUUGCUGGCCACAAUCAGCGAGCAGGAGCUGCAUCCAGUCACUGUCCUUGCCCGAGUUGUCAUUGAGUUGCCACUGUCCAUAGUGGGGAAAGUAAUCCCUGAGAAGCUCUUCUUCUCUGGUGUGGUGAGAGGCGAGAGGGCCAUGCACUCGGAGACGGAUGUGGGCAGCAAGGUCAAAUAUGAGAUCACGGUCUCUAACCAGGGCCAGUCACUGAACACUCUGGGCUCAGCUUUCCUAAAUAUCAUGUGGCCACACGAGAUCGCCAAUGGGAAGUGGCUCCUAUAUCCAAUGCGAGUGGAAUUGGAGGGUGGUCGAGGACCUGGACAGCGGGGGAACUGUAUCCCAAAGGCCAACAUCCUUGGACUGGAGUGGGACAGUGGAGACCGGAAGCGGCGUGAGCUGGGACAGCCGGAGCCCCAGAGCAGCAGCUCAGGCCCCUGGUGGCCCGUGGCCUCUGCCGAGAAGAAGAAAAAGAUCACCCUGGACUGUGCCCGAGGCACCGCCAACUGCAUUGUCUACAGUUGCGCACUGUACAGCUUUGACCGCGAGGCAGUGCUGCAUGUCUGGGGCCGCCUGUGGAACAGCACUUUCCUGGAGGAAUACACAGAUGUAAAGUCCCUGGAUCUGAUUGUCCGAGCCAAUAUCACUGUGAAAUCAUCUAUACAGAAUCUGGUACUCAGAGAUUCCUAUACAGAGAUCCCCGUGGCUGUGUACCUAGACCCCAUGGCCGUGGUGGCUGGUGGGGUCCCUUGGUGGGUCAUCUUGUUGGCUGUACUAGCUGGAAUCUUGGUGCUGGCUCUGCUUGUUCUUCUCAUGUGGAAGGUGGGAUUCUUCAAACGGGCGCUACCCGAGGCCACCGUGCCCCAGUACCAUGCGGUAAAGAUUCCCCGUGAGGACCGGCAGCUAUUCAAGGAAGAGAAGACAGGCACCAUCUUGAGAACAACUGGGGACCCCCGGAGAGAGAGUGCUGAUGGACAUCCUAUCCUGGGUCCCGAUGGGCACUUAGAACCGAAAACCAGUGGACAUCCGGAGCUGGGAAGUGCCUAGCUCAGCUCAUCACUUCUCCCUGGCACGGCUCUGCCACAUAUCUUCUCUCUGGUCCUAAAGCCAGCCUGCCUCCCCACAUCUUCCUAGAGAUGCCUUCUUAACGUAGGGAGGGUGGGUGCAGAGAGAGUGGCUGUUCACAGAGUCGGAUUACCUAAAGGGUCUGGGAUCACUGACUCUUCCCCCUGCCUCGCUGCUCUUUCUCCUUUCUCCCUUCAUGAUUCUAUCCUCCUCGGUUCUGGGAGUGUUUGGAGGCAGUAUCCAGCAGAGAGGAAGCAGGACCACCGUGCCACGGAUGUCUUGACUUAGAGGUGGAGAAAGGAUUGUGGUUCUCUUCUGUUAAUUCUUGAAAAACCAUAUCCCUAGUGCCUCCCUGGAAGUGCCUUAGCCCUGUCAGGAAGGAGGGGGAGAGGCUGCCCCUGGGACUCCUCCCCCCAAACCCUAGACCCCACUUUGCUGGGCUGUCUCAGUGGCUUUUGUCUAUUUAUUAAAG